AUGCCUUGCGUCUGCCCUGGGUUUGCACAGCUGACUGCGUGGUCUCAUCGGGGUCCGGGUCUCCUCCACCAGGUUACCAACACCGAUAGGUGCUGUUCUGGUUCAACAACUUCAUCAGCUGUGGGGCUGACCAAGCCCCUCACAGGCCAAUGGGGGACGAUCCAAUGCAUCAGAUUGCCAAGCUCUCGGGGCUCAGAGAAGCAGAUGCCGCGUCAAAACCCCACUUCCCCAGGAGUCUGUCCCAAAGGACCUGGAGAUGUCUCAGAGACUCGGGAUGACAGGUCGAAUAAAAGCAAGCACUACAUUGGAGGAUAUCAUGGGCGAGAAGCACCUAGUUCGCUGCCCGAGGCCUUACGGGAUGUAGAUGAUGUUUCUAUGAGCGGGCUGCGCAGGACUCAUCACACAUCGCCUGCUGCAAGCUCUGGCGCCUAA